GAUGUCACGCUGAAUCCGAGGUCAGAAAGCAAAGAAGCAUGGCCGCUGUUUUAAGGGGGUCUCGGAACCUAUGGGGAAGGAGCCUCAAACAUGUUGACUUUACUUUGGUCUCCAGCAGGUCCAUGGCUUCUAAGACCCAGGUGGGUUUCAUCGGCCUGGGGAACAUGGGAAAACCAAUGGCCAAGAACCUGCUGAAGCACGGAUACCCCGUCAUCGCCACUGACGUCUUCCCUGAGUCCUGCAAAGAACUGCAAGAGUUGGGUGCCCAGAUCGUGGAUAACCCUGCGGAGGUGGCAGACCAGGCAGACCGCAUCGUUACCAUGCUGCCCUCCAGUCCCAACGUCAUCGAGGUUUACACUGGACCCAACGGUAUCCUCAAGAAGGUCAAGAAAGGCUCGCUACUCAUCGACUCCAGCACCAUCGACCCAGCCGUUUCCAAGGAGAUGGCCGUGGCCUCGGAGAAGAUGGGGGCUGUUUUUAUGGACGCGCCUGUGUCAGGAGGUGUGGGGGCUGCCAGCUCGGGGAAGCUAACCUUCAUGGUGGGGGGAGUAGAGACGGAGUUUACUGCAGCCCAGGAGCUGCUCACCUGUAUGGGAGCCAACGUGGUGUACUGUGGGGCCGUCGGCACUGGACAGGCUGCCAAAAUCUGCAACAAUAUGCUGCUGGCGAUAGGCAUGAUCGGAACCUCUGAGACCAUGAACCUUGGCAUCAGACUAGGUCUUGACCCUAAGCUACUGGCUAAGAUCCUGAACAUGAGUUCAGGCCGCUGCUGGUCCAGUGACACCUACAACCCUGUACCUGGUGUCAUGGAGGGAGUCCCCUCUGGAAACAACUACCAGGGAGGCUUUGGGACCCAACUCAUGGCCAAGGACCUGGGGCUAGCCCAGGCCACAGCCACCAACACCAAGACCCCUGUCCCUCUGGGCUCCCUGGCCCACCAGAUCUACCGCAUGAUGUGUGCUCGGGGCUACGCCGGCAAAGACUUCUCCUCCGUCUUCCAGUUCCUGCAGGAGGAUGAGAAUAAGGAGGAAGGCCAAUAGGGGUGGGG